GCGGAAGCUUUCAUAUAUAUAUAUAUAUAUAUAUAUACACAUGGAGUGAGUCCUCCUCUCCCUUUCCCACUCUGCGACACCAAGAAUAAACGGAGCUUCCUCCGACGGCCUGUAGCCAUUUUUGUUGUCUUCGUCUUCCUUUUCUCGCAAACAUUCUCUGCAAAAAGAAUUCUCCCUUCGGCAACGCCACCUUCUUAUUUCUCCGAUUCUUUCAUUUGCUUCAAUUUCACUGUUUACAGAAUUUGUUUUUGUUUCCGUUUCCGUUUUUGACUCCGAUUUUCCCCCAAAAAGUUACGCGGCAGCCGCUACCCCAAUAGUUUCAAUUCCUUGAUGAAUCUUCCUUCUCAAUCGAACUUCAAAGAUCUGAUCAAGCUUUUGAUUCCUUUUUUGGAAUUGAUGUUCCUUACUUCAUCAGAGAAUCAUUGAUUUCGCUAUAUAUAUCUAUCUAUUAGACCAGAACGAAGGUAGAAGAAGAAUCAAUCGACGCCAUGAAGAAGGUCCAUCCAGUCUCGAAUAAGCAGAAUCCAAAUGGUCGUAACUCGCUUUCUCGUGCUCAAUCGUUUCUAGGUUUAAACCCUAAGAAACUGCGGCGGUUGCCCCAUGUUUUCAGUCGGGUUUUGGAGCUUCCAUUUAGAUCUGAUGCCGAUGUUUCGAUUCUCGAAAACUCUAAUUGCUUCCGAUUCGUAGCGGAAACUAAUGGAAUUAGCGACGAAUUUAGGGCGCAUACGGUUCAAAUCCAUCCUGGCGUUAUCAAGGUUGUAGUUAGACAAAUUGGGGCUCUGGAAUCGACGUUAGAGGAACUGGAGAUCGACAUGUGGAGAUUUCGACUGCCGGAUACAACUCUGCCAGAGCUUGCCACCGCCGCGUUCGCCAAGGGGAAACUCGUGGUGACGGUUCCGAAGAGGGAGGACGCCGGAGAAGGUACGUGGGGGAAUAAGAAUGGGGGUUUUAAAGGUGGCCGUUUAGUGGUUGUACAGUAAAAAGAAUCCCUGUGUCGCCAUUUUCCAUUUAUUGAGCAACUUAAUGAAAUCUCUGUUCACUGUUCUUCUGGGUUGA